AUGUCCAGCACCUUUGCCUUUGGUCUUGCCAAGAAUGGGGUCAACGCGCUUCCUAACGUCCGGCGCGCCGCCACAGCUUCUUCCCACAUUAGUGAGCGUCUAUCGUCUCCCAAUUGUCCCGAUCAAGAGGAGAGCAGCAUUGGUGUGUGGAGCAGUGAUGAUGACAAGAUCGGGGGCUUGAAGACCUCGACGCUGCGUGGUGACGGACACUUGAGGAAGCGCGGGACGUCCGUGGACAAGACGAACCCGUUUAUCGGGUACUUUCAAACAGGAACUGAAGAAGGUGAUGGUGGAAUCGACACAGAAAUUGGUGACGUCCUGCCAGUGGCUUGUCCAGUGCCAGUGCCAAUCCGCCGGGUACCGGGUCGCACCCAAAGCAGUGCAACGCUCUCGUCUGUGUCGUCGUUCUAUCCGUUAACGCUCUUUACGCCUCGAGCAAAGCUGACCGAGUGGCAAUGUAAGCGUCUUUUACCGUUCUUUAUAACGCAGCAAGAUGCAAAGCAAGAGUCGAUACAACAGCAGCAGGGAGGAAAGAAAGAGGAAGAGAAGAAAGAGCAGAAACAACAGGAACAGAAGAAGCGUGCGAUGUUCGUGCAAUCGUUGACGUUAGAGACGCCAGUGCUGGCUGGUGUUUCAGGUGCGACGGACAAAAGAUACGGGGAACAGCAGCAGAACGGACCACUGAAGCGAACAGAGUUGUUGCUUGAUACGAUGUCGGCGACACAGCCGCAGUUGGCAGUUAAAGCCACGUCAUCAAUUUUAACAGGUGGUGUCAUGUCUUUAUCUGACGGGGACUUGCGUACGUUGAAUUCGCGCUUUGAGCAAGACUUUGAGGUCAUGGGAUCUUUAGGUGCAGGUGGUCAAGGCUGUGUCUACAAGGUGCGCAGUAACGUGGAUGGAUGCUACUACGCUAUCAAGAAAGUGGUUCUCCCCCGUGCUACCGAGCUUGAUGAGAAGCGUGCGGAAAGCCAAGCGCUGCGUGAAGUUCGCUUGAUGGCUUCCGUGGCUCCGCAUUCUAAUGUUGUUCGCUACCAUACGGCUUGGACAGAAGUGCAUGCAUACGCUUCGCACAUUACUUCGUCGACGGGAAGUGUCUGCGGGUCCAACGAUUCGUUGCGUGAGAACGACUGUGGUCCACGAAAUCUUCGGUGCCAGCAACUAGAGUCGCUGGACGAUGAGACCGAGUUGCAUAGGAGUGGCAUGUCGACUACGGACCACUCGUUCUCGCUUGAAUACUCGACAAAUUCGUUCAGUUGUGACGAGCAUUCUACCCCUGGAUUUACUUUCGAAGACGAGUGCGAUGAUGAAGAUUCGGUCGGUCUAAGCAUUGAUGAGGCGUCAUUCGGUCAGCUGGGUGAGCUGCAGAACGAGGUAAAGCUAGCUCCUGCGGCAACUGCUGCUGUAGAGCUAGUGGCCACGAAAUCGCAGGUGGUCUUGUACAUCCAGAUGGAGCUGUGUGGCACAGCAGUCGACUCUGUAGCCCCAUCUCAGGCUGUCGCUGAUAGCCACGAGCCAAUCCAUCAUAUCCUGGACCAGCUAGAUACGCCACAGCAAGAGCGUCCUCAGUGUCGCGAAGAAACGCACUCGAAUCUAGGGGCAUGGCUUCGUUCUUCCCUUGAAGAGCGGUUGUUGUGGUCUGACGCACCUGAGAUACACCUGGAGGGACUGAAGUUUUUUCUCGACGCGGUUCAAGGUGCUGCUCAUAUGCAUUCGUAUGGUGUGAUCCAUCGCGACCUGAAGCCAGACAACAUCUUCAUCCACGGGGACGUCGCAAAGGUCGGCGAUUUCGGUUUGUCCAAGUCUGUUUAUGCUGAUAGCACGGCUGACGGGGCUGUAUCUCCCCGAGAGUUUCUUCAACAGUCGAGGCUAAGCGACGGUGACCAUACGACGGCGCUUGGCACGUUUACGUAUGCGUCACCCGAGCAGCUGGGGUACCGCCUCAGUAGCAACAACGCGCUGAAGAAUGCUGCAACUCGUUUGAAAGGCGCUAGGUACUCAAUCAAGUCGGACGUUUUCGCAUUGGGAGUGAUUCUCCUGGAACUCUGCUGCCCGUUUCGCACGAUGAUGGAGCGUUCGCAGGUGCUGACUGGUGUGCGCCACGGCGUCGUGCCGCAAAAGUCUCGACAGCAUUUUCCGAUGGAGAUUGAUUUGGUGUUGCGCAUGACUUCGAUUGACCCCAGUGAAAGACCCACGAGUGGAGAAGUCUGCGAGCAACUACGCCGAAUCAUAGCCACAUCAGGCGCCAUAAUUACGCCAGCAUCAGCUCUAGAAGACUUGCGUGAGUUACAGCUGAAGCUUGCUGCUGCUAUUCGCCAACUGCGUGGCCGCUCGAAAGCUUCUGUUUUGCUAGAGGCACUGGUAUCCGAGAUGAAUGACAAGGUCCACAACGUAGGCAUUGCUCUCGCCUAA